AUGGAUUCAACUUGUCCGAUCUGUGGAAAACAGCUCUCCCUGCACUUGCUAGAAAGACAUGUCAAUACUUGCCUAGAUAACCAGGAAUCAAAAGAAGUAGAAGAAGUGGAGCAACCUAAAGAUGUCCAAGAUUUAGACGAAGUCGUAAUAGUGGAAGAUGAAAUAGGCGAAAUCAGGAAAAGGCGACAUGGUAGUGACGCGUUUGCUGCUCUAGGCUUGAAAAUGGACUCAUCGCAAAAGAGACAAAAGCUAGAGCGACUGCAAAAGAGCAAACCAACCUUAACUCGUAUUCUUAUAGAAGAGAAACGAUUAAAGUCUGAAUCACGUAAGACGUCGGAUGAGCUUAAAGAACAAUUGGAAAAAUUGUCUUCAAGCAAAUCUUAUGAUGAAUCAUUAAUCUCAACACCAUCAGAUCAGCCAAAAGUUGUACCAGAACCUCAGGAAGAACCAAAAGAAGCAAAACCACCACCACUUCAAUCAGAUAUACUUACCAGGGCACAAGAAUUGAACAAACUCAAACGUGAAGCAAGUAUUCCGUUGGCUCAUAGACUAAGACCCAAAUCACUAGACGAUUUCUUUGGCCAGGAGAAACUUUUAGGACAAGAUGGGAUAUUACGUAAUAUUAUUAAUGCCGAUAACAUACCAUCGUUUAUACUCUGGGGAGUACCAGGAGUAGGAAAAACGUCAUUGGCCAGAAUAAUUGCACACACAACAAAUUGUAAAUUUGUAGAAUUGUCUGGUGCAGAAAGUAAUGCCAAAAGACUAAAAGAAGUGUUUCUCCAGGCAGAAAAUGAAAAGCAUUUGACUGGCAGAAAGACCAUUUUAUUCUUGGACGAGAUCCAUAGAUUCAAUAAAGCUGUACAAGAUUUGCUCCUUCCUGUGAUUGAGAAGGGUGUUCUCACAGUUAUUGGUGCCACUACAGAGAAUCCUUCUUUCACAUUAAACAAUGCCUUGCUUUCACGAAUGCAUACGUUUGUAAUGGAACAAUUGACCACAGCAGCGCUAAUUAAGAUUCUUGCUAGGGCACUUUAUCAAGUCAAUAAACUUAGAAAGCAUCUCUAUAAUCUCCAUUACAUCUCACUUAAAAGAGAUUCUUUUAAGUACAUUGCAGAACUUUCGAUGGGAGAUUCUAGAGUGGCACUCAAUCUCUUGGAGUUCGUCAACGCGUAUUUGUCUACCGAUAAGUUUUCGACUAAAAAUGGUGAAGAGCAGCCCAAGAAAAUGGGAGUUAUCAACGUCUCCGCUGAAAGCCUCAAGAGUAUACUUAAGUCUAGAGACUUUCAUAACAUGUACGAUAAACAAGGGGAAUCGCACUAUGAUACAAUUAGUGCAUUCCAUAAAUCAGUAAGAGGUUCUGAUGCUGAUGCUGCGAUGUUUUACUUGGUCAAAAUGUUAUCUGGUGGAGAAGACCCUCUCUUCAUUAUUCGUAGAAUGAUAGUAAUGGCUAGUGAAGAUAUCGGAUUGAGAGAUAGCUCAUGUUUGCCCUUUGCCAUUGCAGCCAAAGAAGCGCUAGAGUUUGUAGGUAUGCCUGAAGGAGAAAUCAUUCUCGCUCACUGCGCAAUGAAAAUGGCCAGAGCACCAAAAUCAACAAAAUCAUACAGAGCACUUAGAACUGCACAGCUGCUUCUUCGGGAGAAGCCAGAAAUUACUAAGCUUCCUAUUCCCAUGCAUUUGAGGAAUGCUCCAACCAAAUUAAUGAAAGAACUUGGUUAUGGGGAUUCCUAUAAAUACAAUCCAGGCUACAAGAAUGGUUUAGUCAAACAAACGUACUUCCCUGAAGGAAUGGAAGACGUUCACUUUUUAGAAGAAACGCACUUGGGGGUAGUUGAAGAUUCUGAUACUUCCCCUGAAGAACAAGCAAGGGCACAAGCACAAGUAGUCGACUACGAGAAUUUUAAGAAAGACCGCAUAAAGCAGUUGAAGUUGGAAUACUUGAAUCGUGUGAAAGCGACAAGACAAGAGACCUUCAAUAAAAUGAUGGCUAGAUAUAAGAAAAACGAAAUCACAACAGUACCAGAGGUGCCUCAAUAUAUUGAUACUAAUUCUAACGGUAAAAAAGAACAAGGGAAAGAGAAAAUUAGUGAACAGGAUUCAAGUUCAGAUACCGAUUACAAAGACAAUUUCGAAAAGUCAUAUGACGAAUUUCUUGAUCCAGAAUCACAACCUGAAUAUUUUGAAGGAGACGACACAGGGUACCAUUACGAUCCAGAGUACCCAUUGAUUAGAGACGACUAUGAAAUCUAA